AUGUUGAUCCCUGAAGACCAAAUAUGGAUGGUCGUUGUUGGUUUCAUAAUAGCUUUUAUUCUUGCUUUUGGAAUUGGUGCAAAUGAUGUGGCAAAUUCAUUCGGGACUAGUGUUGGGGCCAAAGUAUUAACACUGAAACAAGCUUGUAUUCUUGCUACAAUCUGUGAAUUAAGCGGUUCUGUUCUUUUAGGUGCUAAAGUUUCCAAUACCAUACGGAAAGGUAUUGUUAGUGUCGAACUUUUUCAAACCAUCGACAACGGGCAUGUACUCUUGAUGGCCGGACAGGUUGCUGCUCUGGGUGGUUCUUGUAUUUGGCUUUUGGUUGCUACAUUCUUCCGUCUUCCAGUCUCUGGCACACAUAGUAUUGUAGGUGCAACGAUGGGUUUUAGUCUUGUUGUUUUUGGACUCAAUGCUAUUCAAUGGAAAGGACUACUCAAAAUUGAAUUAGUUUUAACAAGGAAUCAAUACAAUAAUUCACAUUCUUCUAAAUUUAGUCAAUUAGCAAUAGAUAGCUCUAAUAAUAUUCAUUGUUAUCGAUGA